AUGUUUACGUUCUCCAUGCGGCGCCAAGGCGUCGUUGCUGUGGGCAGCUGGACUUCUCCCGCCAGCGCCGUUUCUCUUCUCCGCGGCCCUUUUCAUCAUUAUCAUCUCAACAACAGUGGUGUCUUCUCGCUGAUGAUAUUGGCCCCUCAGUGCUGGGCUCGGCGGUAUAGAGCCUCACAGGCCACGCUCACCUCCUCCAGUCGAAACAGCACAGGGACAAGACAUCAUGGAAAUGCGGGGAAUGCCUCUUCCUCUCAUACUUCCGUUACGUCUGUUAGUGCUGGUAAUGGUAAUAGUAAUAGUAAUGGUGUUUCUGGGGGGAAUCACUCUUCCGUAGCGCAUACAAGUGGUGGUAAUGUUGGAACCGGAUCCACCACCACACAUUCCCACUCAAGUGGAGGGAAUGGGAAUAAUAAUAAUAAUAAUAACAAUAAUAGUGGUGGAAAUGGGAAUGGAGGGAGUAGUCAUAACAGUAGUAGUGGAGGUGGGGGUGGUGUAUCUAUGGCACAAGCUGCAAAGAAAAAGAAGAAUACAAGGAAAGUACUUAAGAGGACAACGGUAUUAAAGAAGAAAAAACGUAUAAAGAAGGUAUUAUCUUCUACAAAGGUCUCAAGUCCCUCUGGAGCCACUACCUUAUCACGUACUACCACCGCUGCUUCUACUGGUACUGGUUCUACAAAUGUAUCUUCUGCUACUACAAGUUCAACUAAUAGUACUACUACAAAGACUACAUCAUCUCAUCGUUUACGUCGAAAAACUAUAACGAAGAAACCAACUCCCAAAUUUCGUAUUUGUGUUCUUAAUAGUAGUUACGAAGGCGCAGAUUCUGUAACCGCAGAUGUGGAUAACUACCAUUGUAGUCCCGCUCACUGGGUAAAGGAUAAGAAACAGUUUGCGUUCACUGAAGUUUCGGUAAAAAAGAAUGAUUCCUAUCGUCAAAUACGAGAAUUGGUAACAUCAAAUAAGUUUGACGUCUUUUUUAAUCUUUGUGAUGGUGGACGAGAUGAAAAACGAGCAGGUGUAGAUGUUGUAGAAGCACUUGAAGAACAUAAUGCAGCUUUUACUGGCACAGAUUCUCAUAGCUUUGAACCUAGUAAAAUUGAUAUGAAACUUUUAGUAGGAGCUGCUGGUGUCAAUACACCCAAUUUUGUGCUUCUAGAAAGUGCUGAAGGGUUAGCAAAGAAGUGUCGUCAUUUGCGAUUUCCUGUUAUUGUAAAACAUCUUUCUGGUUAUGCCUCUGUGGGAAUUCACAAGGAUAAUCGUUGUGAUACACUAGAGGAACUAAAAACGAAAGUGCCUAAAUUUCUAAAAGAAUUUAACCAUGCCCUUAUAGAAGAAUUUAUUCGUGGUAGAGAAGGAACUGUUCUUACCUGUGCUGAUAGUGGAAGUCAAUUUGGUGUAAAAGUAUUUAAACCACUUAUGUUUAAAUUUCUUCAAGGAGAUGAUGACUUUGCAUACUUUGAGAAGAAAUGGUCUAUGGAGUGUAAUGAUGAAGCUUAUGAUUUUCUUCCACAUAAUGAUCCCGCCUAUCCUCAAGUUGUAGAUAUGGCCCGUAAUGCCUUUAAACAUAUUAUGAAUGGUGUUGGUUAUGGUCGUGUGGAUUUUCGUAUUGAUCCCAAGGGAGAUGUUUAUUUUCUCGAAAUUAACCCCAAUUGUGGUAUGUGGUAUAGUGAAAAAGAUGGUGGAGACUUUGCGGAUGUGAUGGUCCAAGGCGAUAAAUCAUGGAAUCAUGAUCGAUUUAUUCGCAAUGCGGUAUUACGUGCGGUGCGAGAACAAGUGGCUCGUCGUCCAUGGUAUUUUAUCAGUCAUGACUCUAAAGGGAAUUUCUCUACUCGGGCGAGUAAAACGGUACGGGCGGGUAAAGGUCUCUUCUGCGAUGCCGCUCAUCCCGUACCGGUGAUUGCACAGGCAUUAUAUAAACUUGGUGAGGAGGAUCCCACAGUUGGGUGUGUUAUCAUGCGAGGCGAUAGACUUCACCAGGCAGUGGCAAUUCGACACUCAUGUGAACCGAAUAUGCAGUUUAUGCAAGGCCGAACACUCACACUUGUGGCCAAGCGAAAAAUUAAUGUGGGAGAGGAAUUGACAGUGGAUUAUGCAACCUUGUGUGAUGAGAAUAUGCCAGCCUUUGCGUGUAGCUGUGGAACCAGUAACUGUAGAAGUGUUAUUUUCCCAGCACCUCCCACACCACGAACCUUGGAAGGGAAGAAUGUACGCCAAAUGAUGCGAGAGAAGAAAAAGGCGUGGUAUAAAGAGAAGGAGGAUCGUGAGGCGGAACGCAUGUUGAAGAAACGAGCUUCAAAAGGUAAAAACAACAGUAAUAACAGCGGUAAUAAUAGUAAUGGUGGUAGUGGUGCUGGAACUGGUAGUGGUAAUAAUAGUAGUAGCAGUGGCAACAGCACGAAUAGUAAUAACAACAACAAUAAUGUCUCUUCUUAUUCUUCAUCAUCAUCAUCUGCAUCCUCCUCAGGGGCAAAUGGUUCAAUGACUUCUGGUGUUUCUGCAAGGGGGAAUAAUGCCCAAACAAACAAUAAUGUUAAUAACAACACUGGGAGUGGAGAAGGUGCUACGAAAGGGGUAAGUGGCAGGAGGUAG